AUGUUAGAAUACAAGCUAUCCAAGAAUGUAGGAACAAAGAACGUAACAAAGAAUAAGAAUCAAUAUGUGUUUGGUUAUCCAUGUCAAGAUAAUCAAUAUGAUUGUAGUCCCUAUACAGUGUAUCUUAAACCAGGUUCAUAUCUUUUCGAAACAUGGGGCUCAAGAGGUGAUUUUCAAAAUUGGUCUGAAAACCCAUCGAUCCCUGGAUUUGGCGGAUAUACUUCAGGAAUGCUAACUAUAGAAAAUCCACUUAUUGUUUACCUAUAUAUAGGUUCAAUUUCUUUUUUCAAUUCGAUCUUGGAGUAUACAGGAAAACUGUACCUAUUUGGCGGCGGAUCAUCUGAUGUCCGUCUGUAUGCUAAUGAAUCAUUUGAUUGGUACAAUCCUCUCUCACUCCGUUCAAGAAUAAUGGUUUCAGGUGGCGGAGGAAGUGCAGAAUGGCAAGGGUCAGCAGGAGGUCAUGCCGGUGGACUUAUUGGUGGCACAGGACAAUCAGAUUGUUCAAUGGCAGGAUAUUCAUGUUCAGAAUCACGAUCCGGAGGUGGAACACAAACUUCAGGAGGAUCUGCUGCACCAACUGUUGUUUCUCCAACCAACAAGUUGUUGACUGGAUAUCCAGGAUUAUUUGGAAUGUCACAAUUAGACUAUAGUUCAAAUGAUAUGGGAGGAAUUGGAGGAAAUGGAUAUUAUAGUGGUGCAUCUGUGAAUUAUACAGGUUCUGGUGGUGGAGGAAGUUCUUUCAUCUCAGGAUAUGAAGGAUGUAUUGCUCUGAAUAGUUCGAUCGAUGAAACACCAAGUCCAACAAAUUCUCCAAUCCACUAUUCAGGCAUUUUCUUCACAAAUCCAAUCAUGAUCGAAGGCAAUAAGAACAUGCCUCUUUAUUAUAGUCCCACAUCACGUGGCAUUGGCAACAAAGGUCGAGGUGCCAUUCGCAUCACAAUUCUAUUAUCCAAAGCAUGUUCUUGUUAUAAUUAUUGUUUGUAUUCUCAAUUUCGAUAUAUUUUAUAUCUUGGAUUUAUUGAUUGCUUAUAA